CUGUUCCUAAAGUGUCUUAUAUCAUUUUUUUAUACAGGAACGGUUUACUUGUGGUCCCUGGACAACGAAAAACCUAUAGGUGAAUUGGAGAAACAUGAAGCUCGCGUGUCUCGACUCGCUUUUCAUCCGAAUGGUCGUCAUUUAUAUUUUUUCAUACAAAUUAUUUAUGACUCCUCAUGGCGGAUGUUUGACGUUGAGACCAGUGAAGAAUUGCUGUUUCAGGAAGGGCAUGCAAAGUCGGUAGCUGACGUGGCAUUUCAUCCAGACGGAUCUGUGGCGUUGACCGGUGGCCUAGAUUGCUAUGGACGUGUAUGGGAUUUGCGUACUGGUCGAUGUAUUAUGUUUUUAGAUGGUCAUACAAAAGAGCUGUACACUGUUGAGUGGCUUCCUAACGGGUAUGAAAUGGUCACAGGAAGUGCUGACAACACUAUAAAAGUAUGGGAUCUCCGUAUACGUAAGAAUACGUACACUAUGCCAGCUCAUUCUAGUGUGGUUUCCAAAAUCAAGGCAGAUUAUCAAGGACAGUAUCUGGUAUCAGCCAGUUAUGACAAUUCUCUUAAGAUAUGGUCGUGUUCCGGAUGGCAACCAUUAAGACAGUUGAAAGGACACGAUACGAAGGUAAUGUGUGUUUGA